AUGGGCCAACUCACAAGUAUUAUACAAUCAGGAGUCGGCUCUACAAGCUCCCACUCGCGAGUUUCUACACCAGGACGGAUGAAUGAUCUGGAAAAAGCGGUUCAACGAUGGAGUUACAGUUAUCCAAAGGCUACGAGCACCCAUGCUUUAGAAGUGACUUCCGAAAAGGGAGAGUUAAAGCAAGAUCUAGCAUCCUCCAUUCGUCCUAUUGUCGUACCAUUCAUCCAAGGUUUAGGGCACAAGCCUUCUACACAACUCGACAACGAACGUCUGUGGUUAAGUUCGCUUGCGAAAGUUGCUUCCAUGGACAUACCGUGUCCCGAGAACUCGGGAAAUUGGAAGAGGUUGAAGGUGGGGUUCUCUUAUGCUCAUCAUUGUUAUCCGAAUCAUCCCCUGGAGGUCCAGGUAUUCAUCGCCGUAUUCACUCUACUGGUGCAGCAAUUGGAUGAUUUCACGCCUGAAGGGAUGCAGGAUAUCGAAAAAUUCGUUCCACGGCUUUGUACCGGCGAACAACAACCAACCAAUGUCCUUCGAGGAUUGGCCCAGCUCAUGCUGGAGGUACACGACCACUGGUCCCCCGUCCCAGCGAAUCUUAUCAUUUCAUCGUGCCUAAAUUUUGUCACCUCUGCGAUCAUUGAACACAAACGACUAGUACGCAGGGAGACGCAAUUUAGAAGUGGCAAAGCAUGGGCAUAUUAUCUUCGAAAUCUAGAUGGCCUCGGUGACGCCUUCGCUAUAUUCACAUUUCCCUCGGCUCUUUACCCCGAUACCUCGAAAUUUCUACAAGCGAUUCCUGAUAUGGCUAUGUAUAUCGUAUUCGCAAAUGAUAUUAUCUCUUUUUAUAAAGAAGAGUUAGCAGGGGAGGAUGGCAAUUAUGCACACAGCCGGGCGAUAUAUAAUAGCAAGGACGUGGUAACAACCCUGAAUGAUAUUGUCGAGGAUACUGAGGCAUGCUACCGUCGCAUUCGAGAACUUCUCAUGUCCGGAGGAAGCGACGGACAACCCUACGCAAAAGCUUGGCAAGCCCACGAACAAGGAUAUAUUGAUUUUCAUAGGAAUAGUGGGAGAUAUAAGCUUGAGAAGUUGGGUUUAAGUUUCUAG